AUGUCUGAAUCGAGUGCAAGAAAAAGGAACUUGCCGGCAUGGAUGAGUUCAAGGGAAGAAGAAAAUGAUGAGGGUGAAAAAGCUAGGCAACCUAUAAAUCACCGGAAAUCAAGCAGUGACCAGAAUAAACUUCACCUCGAACGGAAAGUAGAAGAAGAAUCCUCCGAUGUUGUCAGCUCCGGCUCCUCAGGUUUCUCAAAACUCAUGGAGGGAGUAGUGUUUGCUCUGUCUGGAUUUGUGAAUCCCGAGCGAGGCAUUUUGAGGUCACAGAUGCUGGAAAUGGGGGCCGAGUAUCAACCUGAUUGGAACUCAAAUUGCACCCUUUUGGUGUGCGCAUUUUCGAACACGCCGAAGUUUAGGCAAGUUAAAGCCGAGGGUGGAACUGUUAUAAACAAGGACUGGAUAUCAGAAUCUUAUAGCCAAAGGAAGCUUGUGGAUAUUGAACCAUUCUUAUUGCAUGCUGGUAAACCAUGGAGGAGACCAUGCAUUUCCCAUGAAGCUAGAGAAGAUAUAAAGCCAUCAACUUCGUCUAAGCCUUUGAAUCGAGGAGAGGAGAGCUCACACCCAAAGAAGAGUUCUGGCUCCUUGAAGAUGAAAGGCCGUAUUUCUCCUUCAAAUGCAAAGAAAUGGGCUGUUGAGGAUCUUAAAAGAACCAUAUUAUGGCUUGAAAGUCAAGAUGAAAAGCCAGAGCCAAGUGAGAUAAAGAAGAUAGCUGCUGAAGGAAUCCUAACCUGCUUGCAGGACGCUAUAGAUGCUCUCAAGCAAGGGGAGGGCAUGCAAAAGAUAGCCGACAAAUGGGCCUGUCUUCCUAAGGUGAUUGAGGAGCUCACCAAGUUUGACUGCGAAAAAGAUGGCAGGCCCAAGGAAGAACUUUGUCGCGAAGCCAUGGCUUGUAGGCAAAUAUACGAGCUCGAAUUUCUCAGUAUGGAGCACGAUGAUGCUUUUAUUGACAAUAAAAGACCAAAAAAUAGAGACAUUAAAAAAGGUAUUGAGAAAGAUAACAUUGCUAGGGGCGACACUUCUUAUGACAGUGAUGCAACUAUAGAGAUGACUGAGGAGGAAAUUGAUCAAGCUUAUAACAAUGUUGUGUGUUCUUUGUAG